AGGAAUAUUUCCUGCAGCUGCUAUGAUGAUGCAUUCCUGUAUUAAGAUGUUUAGGAAUAUUUCCUGCAGCUGCUAUGAUGAUGCAUUCCUGUAUUAAAAAUACACGAUUAACAUUCUCAGACGACCAUGUGCUCACAAUACUAUGCAGAACUAAGGUGAAAAAAGGUGACAAAAUUUAUCAUUCGUAUGCAAGAACAUUUACUCCUACAAACAUUAGAAGAAUAGGACUGUUCAGUGGUAAACACUUUAGCUGCGAAUGUAUUAGGUGCAAAGAUCCAUCGGAGUUACAGACUUUUCUCUCAGCCUUUACAUGUUCAUGUGGAGGACAGAUUUUGGCUGAAGACCCGUUGGACCUGACACCAGAUGCAUAUUGGUGUUGCAACUCCUGCGACACUAGAAUUGCGGCAUUAGAGAUGGCAGGCAAAGAGCGUGGAAUAAUGAUGGAGACCUAUGCAAUGAAGAGAGAUGAUCCUUUAGGUAUGGAAACCUUCUUGGAAAAAUACAAAACAGUUUUGCACAAAAACCACGCUUUUAUAUUAGAGGUAGAAAAACAGCUUAGUGUAGCAUAUGGGAGUUUCCCUGGUUUUCAAAUAGAAACUCUAAGCGACAAAAGGUUAGCACGGAAAAUAUGUUACUGUUCCCAUCUUCUAGAUAUCCUGGAUAUCCUAGAACCAGGGAUAUCCACUCAAAAAGGAUUGAGCCUGUAUGAUCUCUGGAAAGGUAAAGAGGAGAUGUUACGAAGAUUAGGAUUAAAGAAAGAUGAUUCUAAGUAUAAAAGCGAGAAAUUAAAGAACUCUGCUCUUCUUGAAGAAUCCCUCAGAAUUCUGGAGUAUGAACCAACCAACUCACUUCAUGGCGCCGUCAAAGAAGAAAUAAAUAGAAAAUUAAAAGAAAUGUGAAGAUGGACUUCUGGUUUAAUAGCUUAGUAUGUCUUAUGCAACCUGAGCUGGGAACUUUAGAAUGAUGGAUAUCAGGAUUAAUGCUUAAUCCUCUGUUUUUGCUAAUCUCGAGACUAACAUAAUCUCGAGAUUAUGUUAGUCUUGAGAUUAAAUAUCUAGAUCAACAAAUUGGAUUCUAAGAACGCCAGAUUGGUUUGUUUUCCUGGCUGGAAGAGCCCUCACUUAAUUUCUCACCCAUUUAUUUAUUAAGACAUUAGUUAAAAUUAGUUACAAAAGAAUCUCAAGCGUAUUAUU